AUGCAGACACUGUGGAGACAAAAUGCCUUCGAUGGUAUGGAAUCAAACAAUGAAUCAGAAAUACAAUGUGAUCUUAGUAAUACUAAUGAAAUAUGGGAAAGUAAGAUAGUUGAUGUUACAAGCAUUGAUUUUCAAGAUGAAAACUCCAACACUGAUCUGACAGCUCAAGCUUGUCGUAAUGAAAACAUAAGAGAAAAUAAGAAGAAUGAAUCAAGCAAAGAGAGUAAUGUUUUUGAUUGUGAAGAUCACUGGCUAGAUCAUAUUAGACAGCAUAUUCUUAACACACAAUUACAAGUACAUGAUCACUUUCUAUGUCAAGACUGUAAUCAACUCUUUGAAACACUUGCAGCUUUUAGUGUGCAUGCUUGUCCUUAUAAACAAUAUGAAAAAUGUGAUAAUGUUGAUGAUAUUGUCGAAGAAACAUCAGAUACCUUUCCAUGUGAUACAAAUCCUAAUGGAUUUCAGGCAAUUGUUACCGAUAAUAAAAAAUAUAUUGUCCCUGAAGAACUUGAGUCAAGUGUUAAGCCAUAUAUUUGUGAUGUAUGUGGAAAGGGAUUCACUCAGAACUCUGGGCUCUAUACACAUCGAAGGGUUCAUACAGGAGAAAAACCAUAUGCAUGUGAUCUAUGUGGAAAAAAAUUUCGUCUGAAACAUGAUCGUGACAACCAUAGGCGCUGCCAUACUGGUGAGCGUCCAUACCAGUGCACUUACUGUGGCAAGGCCUUUCGCACAAGCCAUGAUCAUCGACAACACCUUCUCAUCCAUACUGGCCAACGCCCUUAUCGGUGUGAUUACUGCAGUAAAGGAUUUCGACGAAUUAAUGGCUUGAAUGUGCAUAAACGAAUUCACACUGGUGAAAAACCAUACGGUUGUGCAAUUUGUGGGCGUCAUUUCACACAGAAAGGAGACAUGAUGAAACACUGCAAGACACAACAUGGGAACACAUUCUGA